AUGGACGCAGUCGGCGUGGCGUUCUUGGUGAUCGCCAUACUCGCCGUGUUUGGCGGUGUCGGAUAUUUUGCGUUUGUACGAUGGCGCGCAAACAAACUAGGGCUCCCACCGCCGACUGUCGCAUCCUUCAAUCCCUUCGGUCAAUCCGAGUACGGGGCGCAACCUGCGUCCGGUGGCAUAGGCGGCUGGUUUAGCAAGCUCAAGGGCCGCAACUCGAGAACGGCCGCCGGGGCGUACGAGGGCGCGGCAGGCGUCACCGCCGACCGAGGAGGAAGGCGAGGCGGGGGCGCGGCGCUGGACCCAGACGAGGCCUGGGACACGCGUGUCGGAAACGAGGUCUAUGGCUAUGAGGACCAGGAGCUGGGGCUCCACCCACAGCACGGCGGGUCGGCGUACCGCAUGAACCUGCCCGACGAGGACAGGAACGCCGCAGCUGGCCGCCCAGACUCGCCGCCGACGCGGAACCCGUUCGGCGACGACAACGCCUACGAGCAGCCCAGGGGCAGGGGUCGUAGCCGCGACGGCGGCCUGAACCCGUUUGACGAUGCCGCGGCCGCCGAGCCGAGCACCCUGCGCGGGCUCAGCCCCAGGCCUAUCAACACGGCGGUCUCGCCUGGUGCCAAGGGAGGAAACCCGAAUGAGACCUCUAGCGGGGAUAGUCCCACUGAGCGGAGAUCUAUCUUCAGAGAGAAUGUCUGA